AAGGAAGAAAGCAUAUCAUCGAACCACACACGGCUCCGAAUACAAUUACAAUUACAAUCAUCAUAAAACCGCCGCAUAAUAAAUAUUCAUAAACAUUAUUAUUAAAUUAAUAAAACAAAAUUCCUUAAAAUCACAUCCAAUUUUGUUUUCGAUUCUCAGCAACACUUCUUCUUUCUGCUUCUGAUUUACUCUUUUCAAUUUUCCGGGUGGUGCUAGGUAAAAAUGGCGGUGGCGUUUUCACAGCUUUCAUGGUGGUCAUGGAGCGGAAAGCAUCGAGAUGCAAAGUUGCCUAGCGGGUCUUCCAAAAAUUCCACAUCCACAACUGAUGUAAAUAAGUUGGAAUUUGAAAACUUAAAAUUCCCAAUAGUAAAUGUGGCACCAUCAAAAUCUAAAAGGGUAAAAAGAAAGUGGCAUAGUCGAAAAGAGCGUGAAGUGGAUAAAGAAUAUGAUGUUGUCUUGGUUCCAUCAGAUGGUGGUUGUUUAUCAGGAUCUGAAUCUGAUGAUUCUGAUUGGUCAAUUGGAUGGUUGGAGCCUCACGGUGCUGGGUUUUGUAGCGAUGAUGAUGAUUCUUCGGAUGAUAGUUUUGCUGUGUUGGUGCCUUGCUAUGGCCGUGGACGCAAUGAUGUUGUUAAUGCAAAGAAAGCUCCAAAUGACAAUUUCUUAGAGACUAUUGGACGAGUUCCUGACUUAUAUUCUGCUGAGAACGAAGUUUACAUGGAGCAAUGGCUGUCAUCUUUGCAGCACAACUGAGCGUCUAUCUUAGCUGAUUAACUGUAAAUAUGUAUCUAUAUGUAAAGCUGUUUAUUUAGUCAAUGUGGUGGUGGUGGUGCUGCUGAUACUUUAUUGUUUCGGGUUUAAAAUGAUCCUGAUUUGUGACGACAAGAAACAACCUGAUGUGUCAAGAAGACCAUAUUUAUUGAAGAUUGGAUCCUUUUGUCUUGAAUUGAUCUGAUCUGGUUAAGAAUCAAGAUGAUGAAAAUGAAGAUUUGUUUGGUGAUCUAUGAACUAAUGUAAAUAAUCUGUAUGAUGUAAAUAUUUAUUGGAAGUGAGGGUGAAAAAAGAAAUUUCUUGAAAAGCUAAAAAGAGUGAUAAAACUGAUAAUAAUUCUUGUAAAUUGGAUUCUAAACUGAUAUUAAUAAUUUAAUAGACUGUUUAUUGUUGUAAA